UGAUAAUCCAAGCAUUUUAAAGCAAGGAACUAAGCAUUGUCGAUGGAAAAAGAAUCUACUAUGCCGGGAGUUGUGCCGAAAAUACCACAGCCAAGAGAACACAAGGCUCAAGUGGCUAUCUGGGCUGAUCUCGAUGCCUUCCAAGCCGAGGCUAUCAUCAAUGCAGGCUCCCUGGAGGAAGUCCGCAGCCUCCUAGCUGAUCAAUUCAAGCUCAGCGAUGACGAGUCCAAUUCGUCAUCGGCUGUCUUGCUAGAUCUCUACUACUAUACCAUCCAGUUUGCACUGGACCACGGGUUCAACAAGGAACAGCUCAGUGCUUUCUUCUCUAUCGUCAAGAAGACUCAUGAAGUUUGCAGCGAAACACCCUUUGGGAACUUGGAGCAGACGUACAACUACUUCAAAGAACUUGUUCUGUGUCAUGCUGUCAAGCGCCCACCAUGGAGCAUUAACCUCUUCAGCCCAGAUCAAGUCCAUCAGAUCACCGACUACGUCCUCAACACCUACUUCCGACAUUACAAGCUCUACAAAUAUGUCUUCACCCCAAUGGUCAGGUUGGACUUGUCCAUUUCCUAUGCGGGGAUGCCCGAGACACCUGUCCCCUCAGAGGCUGGGGAUGAAAAUGUUGACCAGCAGAUGGAAGAACAGAAGGACGAACAGCCAGCAACACAGGAUGAACAGCCAAUGGAAGAGCCUCCUCAAGAAGAAACACCUGCACAGAAGGAGUUACGAAAGUUGAUCACCUCUCAACUGAACGAGGAGAUAUCAAGGUUGCGACUGUCGUUAGAUGAACAGAUUCAGCUCAACGACGAAGUCCUGCAGAAGAAGCUCGCCAGUGUCGACGGGGUAGGCGGAACCAAGAGUGGGAGGGGAUCAAGCAAGGGAAAGAAAAAGUAGGAACCACAUCGAGCAGUUGGAAUCUGGUGACCUUUCCACUCAGGAAUCAAAAGUGCAGAAAUGGCUGUCUCCAAGAGGUACCCGACUACCUGCCUCUCUUGGUUGUACAUGAUGUUAUGCCAGUCUAGCCUCACUUUCAAAAAUCUAAAUCGUAUCUAAGCCCCCAAAUUCAUGCAUAGCCUUUUCACCAAGGUACACUGCACACGACUCCACAGGAGGCUAUGCAAUGAUUCCUGUGUACAAUAUCAAGUCUGAACAUCUGAGUAAACAAACUAUUCUUCAUGCAUAAAUGUUACCAAUUUUUCUCUAUGUAGCAAGAAUGCGGCAUUGGCAGAAAUGUCAAUUGUUUUACAGAGUUGGUUACUGCACAGGAGUAAAAUGUUGCCUGACCCCAAAAAAGUUUCCCCACAAAAGUCAUGAAUAGCGACAAUUUCUGACCAAGUUGUGUGUCUUCAAAUGUACAUUUCAAAAAGUUGCAAAUGCAGAUAACAAUUUUUAACACUGAGCCUGCAGUAGUUUAAAUACCACAUUGAUCUUUUGCUCAAAUGCCAUUUGUUAAAUAAACAAAUCCGUCCUCUUUGCUAAUUUAUUUGGCACGCAAUGCUUUAUAAACACCAAUGAAUGAACGAUACACUCUUUCAUGUAAGCACUUGUAAAUAGGUUUAAUAAAUAUGUACGUUUUGAGCUCACGAUAA